AUGGCAUCGGCAAAGAGCCCCAGUUCGACGCCUGUCCCGACCACCGAGCAUGCGAGCGAGUCUCAGAUCCCAGAUGCAGAAUGGACGGCCAUGUUGAAAGUGCUAAAUGCCAUCUACGACUACCGCACGGAAGAUGGCUUCGAUCCGAGCAAGCUGUUCCAGCGCAAAGUCAACAAGCGCGCUAUUCCCGAAUACUACGAUACCAUCAAAGAGCCCAUGGCCCUGUCUGUCAUCAAGCAGAAGAUCCAGCGCAAGGAAUACCAGAACUUCUCCGAAUUCGUACGCGAUUUUGCUCUGAUCCCACACAAUGCGCAAGUCUUCAACGUACCGGAUAGUGGUGCAUUCCAGGAUGCGCUUGUGAUUAAGGAACAGUUGGAGAAGCAGCUGCAGAUGCUGGUCACUCAGGGUCUGAUCACUCAGGAAGUUGCGACUCUGCCAGAUUUGGGCGAGAUUCCAACAUACGAGAAUGUGCCGCUAGCCGAGCCCGCAGAGGCUGAUGCGCAAGAUGAGGAUUCCUCAGACGAAGACGCAGAGGAUGAUGACGACGACGAUGGGGACGAGGACGAGGAUGGCAGGAAGAAGAAGCGACGAGGGCCUAGGACGUCCACGUCAACAUCGAAACGAGACGCCGGGGACGAUGCGGAUGGGAAGCGUGCGCGGGGGAGACCGCCUAAGCUGCUGACUCCAAUGGAAGCGCGCAUGCAAACCAUUCUCAAAGGCAUUCGAAAGGCAAAGAACAAGGCCAAUCAGGUCAUGAUCAAGCAUUUUGAUCGGCUGCCGGACAAAACGGUCAUGCCCGAGUACUAUGCAGAAAUCAAAAACCCGAUGGCAUAUGAUCAGCUGAAGCGCAAGGUGAAGAGGAAGAAGUACAAGACAUUGGAGGACUUCAUGGCAGACAUCAAUCUCAUGUUCAACAACGCCAAGCAGUACAACCAGGACGAUUCUCCCAUCUACAAAGAUGCCGUGGCUUUACAGGUCGAAGCUGGGAAGCUAUACGAUCAAGAGAGAGCAAAGCCUGAUGAUGCAUUUGCCGACGACGAGGGCAAGGUCCCAUUACCAAAUGGUAUCCUGCACAAUGGCGAACUGUACAAGGUCGGCGACUGGGUCCACAUCCAAAAUCCUAAUGAUCUCACGAAGCCCAUUCCCGCCCAGAUCUAUCGCACGUAUAAAGCUCCAGGCGGACAGAGCAUGGUUAAUGUCUGCUGGUACUAUCGACCUGAGCAGACCGUGCACCGAUUCGACAAGCACUUCUUUCCGAACGAGUUGGUGAAGACAGGGAGAUAUCGAGAUCAUACGAUGGAGGAGGUCGAGGGCAAGUGCUUCAUCAUGUUUUACACGCGCUACUUCAAGGGUCGGCCGCGCAAUAUCGCCGAAGGUACUGAGAUCUACGUGUGUCAGUCACGAUACAACGAAACACUUCACCAAUUCAACACCAUCAAGACGUGGGCCAGCUGCUUACCUGACGAAGUUCGCGACAAGGACUACGAGAUGGACCUGUUCGACCACCCACGCAAGAUGAAGAAGCAUCCUUCACCUAUCGCUUAUCUCAUCAAAGACGAGCAAACGGAGACUGAUGAGCUCCCGAAGCCUCAAUGGGGCGCAGAAGGCGCGCCACCAAAGGUUGGGGCCGUGCAUAGACGACCUCGAAAUGAAAAGGACUCGCCGCCCCCGGAACCGACACCUCCGCCGCCACCCAAAAUGCCGACUCCACCACCACGUCAAAUUCCUCCAACUCCUCAACAUUCAUACACACCUGCAAUGGCGCAACAGCCUCAAGCCUCGCGCCCUCAGCCGGUGCCAAAUGUAUCGAUGCAGAACUACACCCCAGCUCGACCGCAGCAAUGGCCAGCGCCCGCCGCACCCUCACCCGCGCCUCAGCGACCCCCAUCAGCAACUCCGGUGAGCUAUGCGCCAGCAACUCCUCAGCAGGCGUCUGCAGCCGCCAUACCUCCGCGUCCAAUUCCACAAGUUCACCCAUCAUACCAGCAGACCCCACAAGGAAUUCCGCCACCACCAUCGGCAACGGGCUACCCACCACGUCCGCCAACCGCCAACUAUCGUGAGCCACCACCUGUCGAGGUCUAUACGCUGCCUGACGCUGCCAACUUGUCAAUCCCACCAGAAGUGCGCGAGCAGUAUCAGCGUGAUGAGUUCGGACGCGUGCUAUUCUUCACUGUUCCGCCCGUCACUGUCGAGCCGCCGGCAAACGUCCCAAGAGGCCACAGCAUUCGCUAUCUAGCCGAAAAGGCACGCCGCGCCGAGCUGAUCGAGAAGCGCAAGAAGGAACGCGAGGCUCAGAAGGAGGUCGAAGAGCGCGUCGCCAAGAAAGCUCGUACCGAGGAGACUCAGAAGAUGGCCACCACUGUUGAGGAAAUGAAGCACAAGGCACUUCAAGUUCUCGACAAGCAGCUUGCCACUUCUUUGGUCGGCGAAAUCGGCGAGCAGGAACUGAACAUCAUCAGCGCAGCUCAGAAGGCAGAACUUGAGAGGAAGAAGGCGCAGGAGGAGAACAAAGAGAAGAGGACGGCAAUGAGAAGCAUCAAGCUUGGCAGCGAUUUCUUUGCGGAUGACUGGGACUCUAGACUUGUUCAGUAG